GCGUAGGUGCAUCUAUCUAUAUGGCAACCCUGGCCUGCAUCGCCUUGGUUUUUGUUGCGUUUUUUUAUUGCGCUGAUAAUUACGGGUUUUUUAGUUUUUUAUAAAGGAUAUAAAUAGAGCGGCUUUCGCAGGCAGGGUGGACAAACAUGAUUAACCGCCCAGCACAGCGCGUGCCAUCGAGUGUUUUAUAAGAGCGCAAUUUGGAUUCUGAUUUUGAUUUGCCAUUGCCAUUGUUAUUGUUUUUGUGCCCCGCCUUCGCCCCACAAAACCGAAAAGGAAAAAGCAAAAGAAGCGUUGCCAAAACGUUGUUAUGUAAAUGCACGGCAGCAGAACGUUGGCACAGGCACCAUCCUCAUCCGGAAUCCACCGCAAUCGGCGUUCUCCGCAAGGGGACACGGAAAUUAAGAUAGGAAACCCGGCUCGGAAAUGGCCGCCAAGACGGACGAAUCCUCGCCAGCCGUGGCGCCAAGCAAAAGCAGCAGUCCCGCCCCCACCAGUGGACGCCACCAGCUGCGCCCCGUGAAGUUUGACUACGCGGACUCAUUUGCCUGCACCUACAUCGUUUCCGUAGUGGCCGCCUCCAUCGCAGAGCUGGCCACCUAUCCCUUGGACCUGACCAAGACGCGUCUGCAGAUCCAGGGCGAAGGAGCCGCCCAUUCGGCGGGAAAGUCCAAUAUGCAAUACCGCGGCAUGGUGGCCACCGCCUUCGGGAUUGCGCGUGAGGAGGGCGCCCUGAAGCUGUGGCAGGGCGUAACGCCGGCGCUCUACCGACACGUCGUCUAUAGCGGUGUGAGGAUCUGCAGCUACGACCUGAUGCGCAAAGAAUUCACGCAGAAUGGCACCCAGGCUUUGCCGGUUUGGAAGUCGGCGCUGUGCGGCGUCACGGCCGGAGCCGUUGCCCAGUGGCUUGCUUCGCCCGCUGACCUGGUCAAGGUCCAAAUUCAGAUGGAGGGCCGACGACGCCUGAUGGGCGAGCCACCGAGGGUCCACUCCGCUGGUCAUGCCUUUCGCCAGAUCGUGCAGCGGGGCGGAAUUAAGGGCCUGUGGAAGGGCAGCAUACCGAAUGUGCAGCGAGCGGCGUUGGUUAAUUUGGGCGACUUAACCACAUACGACACCAUCAAGCACCUGAUCAUGGACCGCCUGCAGAUGCCCGACUGCCACACAGUGCACGUACUGGCCUCCGUUUGCGCCGGAUUCGUGGCAGCGAUCAUGGGCACGCCAGCUGAUGUGGUAAAGACGCGCAUCAUGAACCAGCCCACAGACGAGAAUGGGCGGGGCCUGCUCUAUCGCGGAUCCGUGGACUGCCUGCGCCAGACGGUUUCGAAAGAGGGCUUUGUGGCGCUGUACAAAGGCUUCCUGCCCUGCUGGAUACGAAUGGCACCGUGGUCGCUGACCUUCUGGCUGUCCUUCGAGCAGAUCCGCAAAAUGAUCGGAGCUUCCGGCUACUGAGCGGUGGCUCAAUCUAAUUUUAGAUGUAGAUGUACAUACAAGCAGAUGUAUAACGCAGUUCGUUCAUGUUACCCCGCCUUUAAGUCGGUCAUAAUCCUAUUUUCCGUGCCUGAAUCCCUAAAUGUCAGCAGGAUGUUGUGCGGCUCCUGGCAAGCUUAGCAUAUACUCGGUCCAUUUUAGUCCGUUAUGCCAGGGGGUUUUCCCCACUCCAGAUCUUUCAGGUUACUUUCUCUUAUCUUUUGUUAUUGUUGUUGCCUUAAGAUUAAAAUCAAAACUUACAAUAAAGCGAGAAACUUGUUAUUUCAAAAGAGCGGUUACUUUCUUAAGAGCCGAGCGAAACCGAAAGAGACAGCAAUGCUGGUUGUCAAUGGAACUUGUGUAAUCCAGUAAAAUAAAUUAAUAAUAAGCUUCCCCUUCCGCAAGUGAAAGUGAAAGAGUUUCGAGUAUUUUAUCAAUAGACUUUUUGGUAUAUGUAUAUUCCUAACCAGCUCCAGUGCAAUUAAGUAAAAUCAAGAAAAUAAAAUUGGUAAUAAUACCUAGGAGACAUACACACAGGC